UCCUACAAAAGGGCUAUAGCCAAGACGAAGUUGGAACAAAUUUCUAGAGUUGGCGAGAAUGGGCUAGAGCGACUUAAGAGAUAUCCCUCCUUUCUUCUUUCUUUCUUUUUGGUCGCUCGCUAAAGCUGCAGAAAGUCGGUCUAGUUUCGCACCACUGCGCAAGUCCGAUGACAGUCUGGCCCAUAGUGCCAAAGAGAAUCAUUGUGGCCAGGGAUGGCGUAAGGCGACUAAAGAAUCCAACACAGAACGGACAAGACCUUGGCUGAGCUUUGUACUGACUUCUAGUGUUGGCGGAGCGAGUAUUGUGAUCAGUCACGUCGCGACAUCACAUUUAAUAUCUGGUGGAAAACAAGUGCAGCCGCGGGCGCCGCUAGUGCUUCCAACAAUAUGCUUCCAACAAACAAAAGUGGAAUUUAAAUAUUGAAUUUUUUUUAUUGCAUUCAUUCAGCCAAUAGCAAGCGAUUCAAUAACACGUAAAUAUCGAGUUUUAUAAUAAAUUUAGAAGUGAUUACAAAAUUUUAAAACCACUUGUUUCGUGUUGUGCAAUGGGUCUCUAAUAAAUACUUAAUAUCCGGUGGAUUGUAAGCGAUGUCACGAUUCCAGGCGCCCUCGAAUGAAGACCGCGAUGACGUUUUCUCUGAAGAGGAGACACGAUUGGAGAAGCUGAUCGCCCCUCAAGCAGAGCCCAGGGAGUUCAAAGUGGUGUAUAGGAAUAUAAUAGUGCUUCUUUACUACCACAUGGCCGGAAUAUACGGCCUAUACCUUGGACUGAUCGCAGCUAAAUGGGCCACAGUAAUUUCAGCAUUCAUUACUUACUGCAUUAGUGGUAUUGGAGUGACGGCAGGAAGUCACCGACUCUGGUCCCACAAGUCGUAUAAAGCAACAAAACCACUGCAGCUAUUCCUGAUGCUGUGUCAGUCGGUGUCCAACCAACAUUCGGUGGCGUAUUGGGUCAUGGUCCAUAGACUACACCAUAAAUACAGCGAUUCCGACGCUGAUCCGCACAACGCGACCCGUGGGCUCUUUUACUCCCACAUGGGAUGGCUGAUGGUGAGGAAGCACCCUGAAAUAGAAAAAAGGGGGAAGCUGCUGGAUUUGUCCGAUAUUUACGGAAAUCCCUACCUCAAAUUCCAGGACACGCAUUACUAUUGGUUCCUUCCGCUAAUGUCGUUUUUAUUGCCGACGAUCAUUCCUAUGUACUUCUGGGGGGAGACCUGCAGCGUCGCGUGGAACGUCAACAUGUGCAGAUACGUCAUGAACCUUAACGCCAUUUUUCUGGUGAACAGCGUGGCCCAUAUGUGGGGAUACAAGCCUUACGACAAGAACAUUGCCCCUUCACAGAACCUUUCGGUGUCUGUGCUGAGCCUGGGCGAGGGCUUUCACAACUACCACCACGUCUUCCCUUGGGACUAUAAGUGCGAUGAAUUGAGCUCGUUCAGGACCAACCCUACCACUGUAUUUAUAGAGCUGUGCGCGAAAUUGGGGCUGGCGUAUGAUCUGAGGAGCGCUUCGGAUGACUUGAUCGAGGGUAGAGCCAAGCGGACCGGCGAUGGAAGUUAUCUGACCCUAAAAAAAAGUAGAUAGACAAGCGUUUUUAAUCUCACACGAUAUAUAUAUAUUUUUUAUUGCUUAGAUGUGUGGACGAGCUCACAGCUUACCUGAUGUUAAGGGAUUACUGGAGCCCAUAGACAUCUACAACGUAAAUGCGCCACACACCUUGAGAUAUAAGUUCUAAGGUCUCAAGUAUAGUUACAACAGCUGCCCCACACUUCAAACCGAAACGCAUUACUGCUUCAUGGCAGAAAUAAGCGGGGCGGUGGUACCUACCCGUACGGACUCACAAUAUACACACAAGGUAAUUGCCCACUGAGUUUCUCGUCGGAUCUUCUCAGUAGGUCGCGAUUCCGAUCCGGUAGUAGAUUCUGCGAAGCAGUGCUCUUGCUAGGGCUAGUGUUAGCAAAUUCUCUCAGGUUGAACCCGUGAGCUCAUCUUAUCAUCCGGGUGUAGCUAAAAUAGCCCCUUAGACGGAAAAAUAUUCCCAUAACAAUAUAGUAAUCAUGGGAGACUUCAAUGCUCAAGUGGGCGUUCGAAAAGCCGGAGAAGAACAUAUAAUAGGGAAAUACGGAAAGGGUAAAAGGAGCAAAAAUGGAGAAAAACUGGUAGAAUUUCUGCUUGAGAAAAAUUUAACACUUCUCAAUUCAAUGUUCCAAAAAAACCCUAAAAACAAAUGGACUUGGAUAUCUCCAGAUGGAAAUGUUAAAAAUGAAAUUGACUACAUAAUAACCAACAAAGUUAGGCUAUUUAGUGACACAGGAAUAGUACAAAACCUAAACUUCAAUACUAACCAUCGUAUGGUGCGCAGCUGUCUCAGUGAAAGUGAUAUAAAAAAUUCCAGGCCGAAAGCAAUUCAAACAAAGUACUUGCAAAUAAAUAGUAAAAACAGGGAGCCAAACGACACUACGGAAGACCUGAUGGAAGUUAUUACUUCAGGUAUAGACUUAAAUGAGAAAUACAAAUUAGUGGAAAAUAAACUCAAAGAACAAGCAAUAAUAGAAAAAAAGAAGGGUAAAGAAUUCUAUCUAAGUGAAAAAACUUUAAAACUAAUUGAAGA